CGCCGGUUCAGCUUCACCAGCAAAAAGACAACUCGAUCAGCAAUCGACCCACCCAAGGACCUCGCUUCCUCCAAUCUACACUGUAGGCCAUAAAAAAUUUUCGGGUGUACUUUAGAUCGCGCACUUUUUUCUAGAUAGGAAACGCAAGAUGACCGAAGACAAGAAAACGCAAGAAUCGGUGGGCGCCGCUCGCGCAAAUGUCCAUGAGACUCUGCAUUGCAUCGGCUAUGUCAUGUGUAUGACUAUGUACCCUGUGGACUGGAGGAGCAGGCUCGACAUGAUGCACGUUUGCGACGGCGCCCAGUCAAGCGGGGAAGGCGCGGCCCCACACGGACAUGAUCAUGAGCACGCGCAGCAUCGGCGAAGCCAGGAUGUUCCCCCACAUUUUUGGAUACUGAACAUCCAUUUACAGACUCCAAAGGGCUCGCUUCAACGCCGCCCCGACCCGGCCCCGCUUUACAUAGUCUCGGAUCUCUGCGCUUGAAUGACCUGUUUCUAAAUGACUUCAGGGGGAGAGUCAGGGGGAGGGGAAGGGAAUCAUGUCGCGAAUUGCAGCCAAGCUGAAGCGGCUUAAGACUCGUCGCUCUCGUCUGAAACGAGUACCUUAAAUAUGCAUCGAUGGCCCGGACGACGAGUCUCUUGAUAGCUUUGCGUUCAUUAGGCGGCUGUUUCGGGUCUGAUUGCUUGCGUUUUUGUUUUGUUUUCUCUCUUGGUUGGAAAGUGUUUGUUGAUAAUGACCUCGCGUUCAGGAGCAUUGCUACUUUAGCCUCCUAAUCCAUCCAAAUAAAAAAAACGCUUGACUUCAUAAACGGAGUUGAAUAUAAAAGUGGUGACCAGCUGUUUCCCAAAGUUCAGGGAUUAAGGUCAUGAUGAGAAUGUUUGGAGAGGUUGCUGCGGGGCCAGUCAAGACAGUCAGAUGGAUGUACCCUGGGACGGGAGUGUAGCAAGUGCUUCGCAGAGGUCCAAUGGCCUGGACCGUCCUCCGGAGUGGUUAUGUCCGCAAACCGAUUUUAAUGGGAGGAAAGUGUGGCCAAGAGGAGUUCAUUCAAGUCACCUUCAAGGGUGUCUGUUUGCGGGGAGCAGACCCCAUGUAUUGGUGCAGCAAUGUUGAGGAGUAGCUUUCUGUAUAGCUAAUUGAAAGCUGACAAAGAGGGGCAUGCAGCGAGUGACCAUUCGCUGUUGGUUGACAAAAGCCUCUCUGGAUGGACAUUUCCAUCAUUGGUGUGCCAGCUGGAUCUGCGAUUUUUCAGCUCUGUACAAAAAAGCCGGCAAUUAUGAACAGUCACAACCAACAUCUUUGGAGUGUUUGAUCGUACCUUUUGAUGUUUGCUUUUCUCAGCAUGCAAACAUCUUGAUCAGGUGUGGAUGAGUGGUUCAUGAUGUCAUGAUCAUUUGAGCUCAUAUUGACACC